UAGAAGAAGAAGAGGAGGAGGAAGAGGAAGAAGAAGAAGAAGAAGAAGAAGUAGAUGUAGAAGAAGAAGAGGAGGAGGAAGAGGAAGAAGAAGAAGAAGAAGAAGAAGUAGAAGUAGUAGAAGUAGAAAGUAUAAAGUCGUGUUAUCAGUCCGUUGGACUCGUGGUGACUGUUUGUUUGAUCUCUUACCUUCGCGGACUCAGUGAUUCUCCUGGAGGAAACAACCGGAAGUGAUCCUCGUGACAGGAUUAAAUGUUUUUCCUGAAGACUUUUCUUCUGUGUGAACCUGCAUCUCUGCAGCUUCUCAGACUGUGUUCUACCAGCACUUUACCCAUUCUCACUCUCUUUACCAAGGAUCCCUGUCCUCUCUGUGAUGACGCUAAAGAAGUGCUGGAACUGUUCAAACACAGAUUUGUCCUGCAGCAGGUGGACAUCAGUCUUCCAGAGAACAGGGUGUGGUUGGACAGGUACAGGUGGGACAUACCUGUGUUCCACUGGAACGGACAGUUAGUAAUGAAACAUCGAGUGGAUGUCCCCCUGCUGGACAGACUGCUGAAAGACGCCGAGGCACCACUUCGACCAAUCAGAUCACCCCUUCACCAGCUAACCUGAGGAAGAAACAAAUGU